AGUAGAAACUAGGAGCACUUUCGGUUAGGAGUCACGCUGAAGUGGACGCCAUGGGGAUUAUUCGCCGCAAGUGACAGAAGGCGCCUUUAUGAAACAUUUCAAGACUGCUUUAACAACGUAUUUGUUUCAGUAACAUUUAAUUUUUUUUAUUCAUAUCAGUGUCCUCAGGCGCGGCACAUUGGCACAUUGUUGCAGCUGUAGCUUGGUCGGUGUCUGCAAACGUUAUUUCUAGUUCAGACGAGUUCAGAGGUGGAGGAAACACGGCAGGAUGUACCAUGAAGAAACCGCAACUUUACAAAGACCGCGCUAUGGAACCAUUCAGGAUGACGAGAGGCUGUCAGCAGAAGAGAUGGAUGAGAGGCGACGACAGAACAUCGCCUACGAGUACCUCUGUCACCUGGAGGAAGCCAAACAGUGGAUGGAGGCCUGUCUAGAGGAGGACCUGCCACCCACCACAGAACUGGAGGAGGGAUUAAGGAAUGGUGUCUACCUCGGCAAACUCGCCAAGUUCUUUGCACCUAAAAUGGUGUCUGAGAAAAAGAUCUACGACAGAGACCAGAGCCGAUAUAAGAGCACAGGGCUGCACUUCAGACACACUGACAACACAGUGCAGUGGCUCAGAGCCAUGGAGUCGGUGGGGCUGCCCAAGAUAUUCUAUCCUGAAACGACCGAUGUGUACGAUCGCAAAAACAUGCCCAAGGUGGUGUACUGCAUACAUGCACUGAGCUUGUACUUGUACAAACUGGGCAUUGCACCACAGAUCCAGGACCUGCUGGGAAAGGUGGCCUUCACAGAGGAGGAGAUCAGUAACAUGAGGAGUGAGCUGGAGAAGUACGGCAUCCAGAUGCCAGCCUUCAGUAAGAUUGGAGGAAUCCUGGCCAAUGAGCUCUCAGUGGACGAGGCUGCCUUGCAUGCUGCUGUGAUCGCCAUCAAUGAGGCAAUAGACAAGGGUCAGGCAUCUGUGACGAUGGCUGCCCUGACAAAUCCUAAUGCCAUGUUGAGGAACACCCAGCAGGAACUGGCCCAGGACUACCAGGACACACUGAGCCGGGCCAAAGCCCGCAAGGAGGCUCAAAGCUCAGGGAGGCGCUCCUCUGUUGCCACAGAGGAAAGAGAUGUUUAUGAGGAGUUACUGACUCAGCAGGAGAUCCAGGGCUGCAUUGACAUUGUCAACAUCCAGACAGCAUUGAGGCAGGUGAAUCAAGCGGUAACUGCCCAGGAUGAAGCUGCUCUGCUGGCUGCACUAAGACUGGAUGCCCUGGCCCUGUUGGGUGUUCAGGAGGCGAACUGUCGCUGGUACCUGCAGCACUUUGCCACUUACUGCCAACAUAAAUCCAAGGAUGGAGGGAAGGCCAUGCUGCUAGAGAGAGAGGAGAUUCAGAAAGUUGUAAGCUCCUGUAAUGAUUUUGCUGAGGCAGAGAAACGAAAACUUGAGGCAGUUGCAGCGAUCAAUAAAGCUAUUCGUCUUGGCAAUGCGGCGGAGACGGUGGAGGAGUUGAUGAACCCUGAAGCCCAGCUGCCACUUGUCUACCAAACUGCUGCCAACCUCUACCAGGCUGAGCUUUUCAGCUUACAGCUCCAGGGGGGACGGUCUGGCCUGGGCCAUGAGGAGCUGAGUGUUGCCGUGGAGAUGCUAUCUGCUGUAGCGGUGCUGAAUGAGGUGCUGGACACCAGAGAUCCCCAGGCCGUCACUGAGCAACUAACAGACUCUCCUCUGGGCUUCACCAACAUGGACCAUGACAACCUCAACAGGUACGCUGACACACUCAUUAAGAUGCGGGCUGAGGCCCUCACCCAGGGCCAGGAGUUCCUCACCUGGAAUGAUGUUCAGAAGUGCAUCGACACGGUCAACAGUCAGGUCCAUGAAGAACAUGAACGCAUCAUAGCUAUAGCUGAGAUCAACGAGGCGCUAAACUCAGGGGAUCAUCAGCAGACACUUGCAGCCCUGCUGCUCCCUACAGCCAAGCUGACAGGGGUCAACCCAGCCACCGCCAAACACUACCACGACGUCCUGCAGCACACCAAACUGCUCCUCUGCCAGAGCUCGGGGGAUGAGUCUGCUGUUCUGUGGCUGGACCAAAUCCAAGAGGCCAUACACACAGCCAACCAGGAUGAAGAGGAGGCUCUCAUAUUGGCUGGAGCAGUGGCAGAUAUCAACAAGAUGGUGGCUGAUGGGGACUCCCAGAAUACACUGCAGGCUCUGCAUGCUCCCGCUGCUGGGCUGAGAGCGGUGCUGUCUGAAUGUGCUGACACCUACCAGACUGAACUGUUUCAGAUGCAGACAGACAAAGUCUCUACAGGCAACAGUGAGAGUGUAUGGGUACGGCAUCGUAUCAAGGACAGAUAUGACUACUACUACAACCUUGAGAAGGGGGAAGGUGUCUGGGAGGAGCCAGAGGGAUUUCAACCCAAAGGUGGCCAGCUCAGCAAAGAGGAAAUCCAGGGUGUCGUCAGCAGCGUGACCGCAGACUAUAACAGGGAACAGUUAUGGUUGGCCAACGAGCCCCUGGUGACCUGGCUGCAGGCUCGGAUCAGAGGUUACCUGGUCAGGAAAGUGUAUGGCCAGAGGAUGGAGUAUUUACGGCAACAAGAGCCUCACGUGGUCAAACUGCAGGCUUGCUGGAAAGGGCAUAAGCAGAGGAAGGUGUACAAGGAGAGAAUGGAUUUUCUGCAAAACAAUGUUGCUUCUGUUGUCAAGAUUCAGUCUUUAGUGAAAAUGUGGAAAGCAAAAAGCAAAUACAACCGGAGGUUGCAGUACUUCAGAGAUCAUGAGAAAGACAUUGUGAAAAUCCAGGCUUUCCUGAAGGCCAACAAAGCCAGAGAUGACUACAGAACACUCACUGGGGCUCAGGACCCUCCUCUGCCUGUGGUACGAAAAUUUGUCCACUUGCUGGAGCAGAGCGCCUUGGACCUACAGGAGGAGCAGGAAGUGACGCGGUUAAGGGAGGAAGUGGUCACCAAGAUUCGCUCCAAUCAGCAGAUGGAGAAAGAUCUGAACCUGAUGGACAUCAAGAUUGGCCUGCUGGUGAAGAACAGGAUCACCCUGCAGGAUGUUGUGACCCACAGUAAGAAAAUAAACAAGAAAAGUAAAGACCUGGCUGCAGGUGACAAGUUUGGUAUCAAGGGCCUAAGUAAAGGCAAAAGAAGGAAACUGGAGGCUUACCAACACCUCUUUUACCUGCUACAGACCAGCCCUUCCUACCUGGCCAAGCUGAUCUUCCAGAUGCCCCAAAACAAGUCCACAAAGUUUAUGGACACUGUGAUCUUCACCUUGUACAACUACGCCUCCAACCAGAGAGAGGAGUACCUGCUGCUCAAGCUCUUCAAGACUGCCCUGGAGGAGGAAGUCAAGUCUAAGGUGGACCAGAUCCAGGACAUAGCGACAGGAAACCCAACAGUUAUCAAAAUGGUGGUGAGCUUCAACAGAGGUGCACGUGGCCACAACAUACUCAGGCAGCUGCUGGCACCUGUGGUCAAAGACAUCAUUGACAACAGGAACCUGGGCAUUAACACCAACCCUGUGGAUGUGUACAAGGCCUGGGUCAACCAGCUGGAAACGGCUACUGGAGAGGCCAGCAAGCUGCCAUAUGAUGUGACUCCUGAGCAGGCCAUGUCACAUGAGGAAGUACGCAACAGGCUGGAGGCGUCCAGUCUGGCUCUCCGGGAAGCGACAGAUAAAGUCCUCAGUUCCAUUGUGUCAUCCUUGGAAAAUAUCCCUUAUGGCAUGAGAUACAUAGCAAAAGUUCUGAGGAGCAGCCUCCAUGAAAAGUUUCCAGACGCCUCAGAGGAUGAGCUGUUGAAGAUUGUAGGAAACUUGGUGUACUACCGCUACAUGAACCCAGCCAUUGUGGCUCCUGAUGGAUUUGACAUCAUCGACAUGUCGGCAGGAGGUCAGCUUCACCCAGACCAGCGCCGUAAUCUGGGAUCUGUGGCCAAGGUGCUCCAGCACUCUGCUGCCAAUAAGCUGUUUGAGGGAGAGAAUGCACACAUGACACCAAUGAACAGCUACAUAUCACAGACUUAUCAGAAGUUUAGGGUAUUUUUCCAGGCAGCCUGUGACGUCCCUGAACCUGAGGAGAAAUUUAACAUCGAUGAAUACUCGGACAUGGUGACCCUGAGCAAACCUAUCAUCUACAUCUCAAUAGAGGAGAUCAUCAAUACCCACUCGCUGCUGUUGGAGCAUCUAGAGGCCAUCUCCCCCGAUCACAAUGACCUGCUGCAUGAACUUCUUCAAGACCUGGGAGAUGCCCCUGAUGUAGAGGCGCUCCUCGGUGAAGGAGCUGUGGACCCAAACGACCCCAAUAGGGAGACCACCCUGAACCAACUAGCAAAGACUGAGAUCUCUCUCACCCUAACCAGCAAGUUUGAGCUGCUGGAAGGGGAUGACAAGGACACAAAGACUCUCAUGACAAAGACUAAGAAGCUUAUUGUGGAUGUGAUCCGGAUCCAGUCUGGAGAGACUCUGCCUGAGAUUCUGGAGACAUCGGCCACUGCCCUGCAGGAGUCUGAGCAUGCCAAGAUUGUAGAGCGCCGUGCAGUCCAGGACGCUCAGACGCCAGAGGGGCUGAAGAGCAGCCCGGCAGUGCUGGAGGACAGCCAGCUGCCUCUGGAGCAGAAGAAGAGGAAGAUCCUCAGGAACCUGCGUACGCUGGAGCAGGCUGGUGUCGUCACUGCAAAUAACAAGUACCAGGACCUCAUCAAUGAUAUAUCAAAGGACAUCCGCUACCAAAGACGCUACAGACAGAGGAGGAAAGCAGAGCUCUUGAAGCUCCAGCAGACACUGACUGCGUUGAACUCCAAGGCAGCCUUCUACCAGGAACAAAUGAACUAUUAUGACACCUACAUCAAAACCUGUCUGGAUAAUCUCAACCGAAAAAAUUCACGCAGGUCUAUCAAACUGGACAGUAAAGGAGAAGAGAAGGGCAGUAAGAAGUGGAAGCAGCAGUCUCUGAAGUACACAGGCGCCAGGCUGCAUGAGAAGGGAGUCAUCCUGGAGAUUGAGGGACUGCAGACAAACCAGUUCAAAAAUGUCAUGUUUGACAUUUCACCCAGUGAGGAAGUUGGGGAUUUUGAGGUGAAAGCCAAGUUUAUGGGAGUUGAGAUGGAAAAGGUUCAGCUUCAUUUCCAGGAUCUUCUUCAGCUGCAGUACGAAGGAGUGGCUGUCAUGAAGAUGUUUGACAAGGCAAAAGUGAACGUAAACCUGCUCAUCUUCCUUCUCAACAAGAAAUUCUAUGGGAAGUGAAAGAGAAAAGUGAAGAGCGAGGAACAAAGUGAAUCAACAAGAGUGGAGGGUGUUUUUGAAAACGUUGUGCCUUCUGACAGCGCAGAGAUUGUGAAAGAAAUUCUUUAUAUGUGGAAAAGAUUGAAUUGUGCAAGUAUUAGCACAACAGCCUAGUGGACUGCAAAGAAUGUUUUGUUUCAUAUGAUUAUCAUUCAAUUGAUCUUAUUACACCAAAAUGAAAAGUGAAAUUGUUUAUUGUAUUGUCUAAUUAAAUCUAUUUGUUCUGUUUGUUUUUCCCACAGGGUGAUUGUAAAUGGAGUAUAUUUUUAAGAAUUAUAUUCUAAUAGAAUUCAUGUUUAUAUGUAUAAGAUACUGAAGGAAACACAUUGUCAUUGUCAUCCUGUAUGAAGAAAAAAAAAACAACUUCAAAGCUUUGAUGGACUCUCCAACAAUGCAGUGCUGUCUCAUGGGAGUCUGGAUAUAACACUGCUGCCCAGCUAGCCUGAAUGGACAUCUGAGAUACAGUAGUCUACCAGUGCCUUUUUAAUUCAGAAAACCUUUAAAAAAAAAAAAAAACAACAACAUUUUUUUAAAAAACUACAAAAGCCGAUUUUUUUUUUUAAAUAAAAGAUGUACUAUCAAAAUAUAAAUGAACAAUU